AAAAUUCAUAUCAAAGCUUCAAUCAUAUAACUGUACUCUUUUUUCUUCAUCCAAAACCAUUUCUAAACACUGAAAAUUUUGAAUCAUUUCUGCAACUGAAGAAGAUGCCGAGAAAAGGAAUGAGAACUCUUAAUUGGUUUUCACCUAAACAUUUAACAACUGAUAGUGCUUCUCCAUCUACUUUUCAAUUCUCUUCCACUUCCCGUUUCGGAUUUUCGCCUUCUCGGCCGAGUUUUUCAGAAGCGGUGAUUGAUCGGAUACUGGAAAUGGCGGAGCCGAUCAUCAUGAAGUGGGACCCAGAUACCACCACCUUUGCUAAGGUGACUUCUCUGUUCUAUGAAAAUAGAAGAGAAGCCAAGGAUUUUAUCAAGUGUGUGCAUAAUCUACAGAAGGCUAUGCACUUUCACUCAACUGAGAAUUCGAGAUCCGAUAAGCUUGUACGCGCUCAAUCUCUAAUGCAAAUUGCAAUGAAAAGACUUCAAAAGGAAUUUUACCAGAUUCUAUCAAUAAACAGAGCUCAUUUGGAUCCUGAAUCUAUUUCCACUGUCUCUUCCCGUACUUCGACUGCUUCGAGUAUUUCUGAAUUCGAUGUAGAGGAUGACGAUGAUCGUGUAAUUGGCGGUGAGUCUAUUUCUGAAGUUGAGGAUUUUUCUAAUAUUGUAAUGGCGGAUUUGAGAUUGAUAGCAGAUUGCAUGAUCUCUUCUGGCUAUGCGAAAGAGUGCUUGAAUAUUUACAAAGUUAUGCGUAAAUCGAUCAUUGAUGAAGGCAUUUAUAGACUCGGAGUUGAGAAAUUGAGUUCUUCACAAGUUCAUAAAAUGGAUUGGGAAGUUGUGGAUAUGAGGAUCAAGGAUUGGCUUAACGCAGUGGAUGUAGCUAUGAAAACGUUAUUCAACGGGGAGAGAAUUCUCUGCGAUCAUGUCUUUGCAUCCAACGAUGCAAUAAGAGAGUCGUGUUUUACUGAAAUUUCAAAAGAUGGAGCCAUGAUUUUGUUUAGUUUCCCGGAAAAUGUGGCGAAAAAUAGCAAGAAGUCGCCGGAAAAAGUGUUCCGUUUGCUCGAUAUGUACACCGCCAUUGCCGAACACUGGCCGGAGAUUGAAGUUAUAUUUUCUUUCGAAUCAGAAUCAGUUAUCCGAUCUCAGGCUUUGACGUCACUCGUCAAGCUUGGAGAGUCUGUAAGGACAGCGUUGACUGAAUUUGAAAUUGCUCUACAAAAGGAAUCCUCAAAAACGUCAGUUGCCGGCGGUGGAAUCCAUCCUCUCACCGUUGACGCAAUGAAUUACAUCAGUCUACUUGCUGAUUUCAGCAACAUACUCUCCGACAUCCUCGCCGAAGCUCCUCCUCCGGCAAAAGGUUCAUUACCUGAAUCAUUUUUCGGCAUUGCAGAUUCUGAUGAGUCUCCGGCACCGGCGAUCUCACUCCGAUUUGCUUGGCUGAUUCUCCUUCUUCUCUGCAAACUCGACGGCAAAGCGAAACACUACAAAGAUGUAUCUCUCGCGUAUCUCUUCUUAGCCAACAAUCUCCAAUACGUCGUCGUAAAAGUCCGUUCAUCGAAUCUCAAGUACUUGCUUGGUGAAAAUUGGAUAUCAAAACAGGAGGGAAAAAUCAAACAGUUUGCAUUAAACUAUGAACGGCUAGGAUGGAGCCACGUCAUUGAAUCCGUUCCGCAAGAGCCAAAUGCCACAAUCACUCCCCAGCAAGUGAAGGAGAUUUUCAAGAAAUUUAAUUCGUCGUUCGAGCAAGCUCACCGGAAGCAAUCUGUGUGCAUCGUACCAAAUAGUAAGCUCCGCGAUAAUCUGAAAGUGUCAAUAGCAAGGAAAAUACUUCCAGUAUAUCGGGAAUUUUACAAUACACAUAAACAUAUGAUGGCAAGAGAGAGACAUUCGAGUCACGUGAUCAGAUUUUCUCCCGAGGAUGUAGGGCAUUACUUGUCCGAUUUAUUUUUUGGACCAAUUGAAUCGGGAAGUUCCUCAUCGGUUGAGUUUUCCCCAUCACGUACAUCACCAUCAAGAUUGCGGUGAAGAAAUUAAAUAGUUAUUUUUCCUUAUUGUUAUGUCGUGUAAUAUUAUGUAUAAACAUGAAGAUCAUAUAAAAAUAUGUAUAAAUUGCACAAUAUUUUUUGUGUGUUACAGAAGGCGCGCAGUUAAUACUCUAUAUAUUGGUUUAUGCCGUUAUUUGUCUUGAA